AUGCUACAAGCACCGAGUAAGCUGCGUCUGCUAUCCCCAAGAGGCCUGACCAGCACCCUAAUGGACCGAGGACGCAUCUCCGACGCUAUGCCAUACCGCAAAAGAUACAGCACCUCCCAGGGGCCAGACCCCCAAGAGGCGCAACUCGACUACCGCAAGUUUCUAGACAUGCUACGCCACGACAACGACUUAGUCGAAAUCAACACUGAAGUCGACCCUCAUUUGGAACUCGGUGCAAUUAUCCGACGUGUCAGCGAAGUCAACGACAAAGCACCUCUCUUCAACAACAUCAAGGGUGCGCGUGACGGUCUGUGGCGCGUCGCGGGCAACGCAGCCAGUCUUCGACCGAACGACAAGGAUAGAUACGGCCGAAUAGCGAGGAGUCUUGGAUUGGAGCCUACUGCCAGUUGGAAGCAGAUAUGCCACAGAUGGCAAUCAGGUAAGAGGGCCAAGGUUCUGUCUCCCAAUGUGCUCCCAUCGGGUCCAUGCAAGGACAACAAGAUUAUGGGAGACAAGAUUGAUCUUACCACUCUUCCGGUGCCUUAUCUUCACACUGGUGAUGGGGGCAAGUACAUCCAAACGUACGGUGUGCAUGUCCUCCAAAUGCCCGAUGGAAGUUGGACGAACUGGUCAAUCUUCCGUGGAAUGGUCUAUGACAAGAAUCGCAUAGUCUGUCUUGUCGGGGGCGGCCAGCACAAUUCUAUGAUCCGUGAUGCCUGGUUGGAAGCGGGCAAAAAGGAAGUUCCCUGGGCCUUGGCCUUUGGGGUUCCCCCGGCCGCAUCAUUGGCAGCUGCCAUGCCAGUUCCAGAAGGCGUUUCUGAAGCUGAAUAUGUUGGCGCAUUAGUGGGCAAGCCACUUGAUCUUGUCAAAUGCGAUCUUAAUGAUCUCUUUGUCCCUGCCAACUCGGAGAUUGUCUUCGAGGGCACGUUUUCACUGACUGACAAGGCGUAUGAAGGUCCCUUUGAGGAUUAUAUGGGUGUGAUCUUCGAGGGAGAUCGACGCAUGCAGCCCCUGUUUACUGUUGACGCCAUCACAUAUCGCAACGACGCUAUCAUGCCUGUGUCGGUCCCGGGUCGUAUCACAGACGAAUCGGUGAGAUCCUGCCCUCCAGCCUCGUUGUAUAUGACUAUACUAACCGGAGACAUUCUACAGCACACAACAGCUGCACUUGCAUCUGCCGAACUCCUCGAGCUGCUGCAGCGCAAAGGACUUCCCAUCAAGGAGGCCAAUUGUCCCCUCGAGACAUACGCCACUUGGUGUGCGCUUCAAGUUGACAUAGAGAAACUAGGGGAUAUGAAAACCAGUCCGGCCGAGCUAUGUAAGAGGAUAGGUGAUCUUGCAUUCAAGGACAAGAGCUGUAUGCUUGUCAACCGUAUCAUCUUGGUUGGCGAUGAUGUUGAUGUUUUUGACUGGAAUGAUGUCAUGUGGGCUAUAGUCACUCGAUGUCGCCCUGGCAAGGACGAGACUUUGUUCGAGGAGGUUAGAGGCCAUCCAAUUACGCCGUACAUGUCUCACGGGCCACACGGUAAUCCAACUCAGGGUGGUAAGGUUAUUUCAGACUGUUUGAUGCCAAUUGAGUAUCAGGGAAAGAGAGACUUUAGGGAGUGCAGCUUCAAUAAGUCAUAUCCGGAGGAUGUAAAGAACAAGGUUCGGGCAGGAUGGAAGGAUAUGGGCUUCACCGUGCAGUCAUGA